GGCCGCCUCGGGUUUCCGGAGGGGCGGGAGGGCGGACAAGGGCAUCACGUGCGCGCGGCCAGCGGGCCGGUUGGUCCCCGGGCGGGGGAGGGGCCGUGCGCUGCCUGGGUCCGGGCUGGGGUCGCGCAGGGGUUGGCACCUGGGACAUCCCUGCGGGAAGAGCCGGGAGCAGGAGCGCACCAGCGGCGGGCGGGCGGACAAGCCGCGCGGAGCCGGCCCGGGGCGCGCGCCGAGGGAGCCCCGCCGAUCCCGGGUUCCCGGUCCUGGGCGAACCGCCCGCGGGCUCUGCGGAGUGGGCGGCGCCCGGGCCUGCCAUGAGCUCUCCGCCGCCCGCCCGCAGCGGCUUUUACCGCCAGGAGGUGACCAAGACGGCCUGGGAGGUGCGCGUCGUGUACCGGGACCUGCAGCCCGUGGGCUCGGGCGCCUACGGCGCGGUGUGCUCCGCGGUGGACAGCCGCACCGGCGCCAAGGUGGCCAUCAAGAAGCUGUACCGGCCCUUCCAGUCCGAGCUGUUCGCCAAGCGCGCCUACCGCGAGCUGCGCCUGCUCAAGCACAUGCGCCACGAGAACGUGAUCGGGCUGCUGGACGUAUUCACUCCUGACGAGACCCUGGAUGACUUCACAGACUUUUACCUGGUGAUGCCAUUCAUGGGCACUGACCUGGGGAAGCUCAUGAAGCAUGAGAAGCUGGGAGAGGACCGGAUCCAGUUCCUCGUGUACCAGAUGCUGAAGGGGCUGAAGUAUAUCCACGCUGCUGGCAUCAUCCACAGAGUGAGUCCUGGAGGGGAAGCCACCCAUCAGCCCUCCUCCGGCACAAUUCCCUGCCUCCACGUCCCACCUGACCUGAAGCCCGGCAACCUGGCUGUGAACGAAGACUGUGAGCUGAAGAUCCUGGACUUUGGCCUGGCCAGGCAGGCCGAUAGUGAGAUGACUGGGUAUGUGGUGACUCGGUGGUACCGGGCACCCGAGGUCAUCUUGAAUUGGAUGCGCUACACGCAGACGGUGGACAUCUGGUCUGUGGGCUGCAUCAUGGCAGAGAUGAUCACAGGCAAGACACUGUUCAAGGGCACUGACCACCUGGACCAGCUGAAGGAGAUCAUGAAGGUGACAGGGACGCCUCCAGCUGAGUUUGUGCAGCGGCUGCAGAGUGAUGAGGCCAAGAACUACAUGAAGGGCCUCCCUGAGUUGGAGAAGAAGGAUUUUGCCUCCAUCCUGACCAAUGCAAGCCCUCUGGCUGUGAACCUCCUGGAGAAGAUGCUGGUGCUGGACGCGGAGCAGCGGGUGACGGCAGCUGAGGCGCUGGCUCACCCCUACUUUGAGUCCCUCCAUGACACGGAAGAUGAGCCCCAGGCCCAGAAGUAUGAUGACUCCUUUGACGAUGUGGACCGCACACUGGAUGAAUGGAAGCGUGUCACUUACAAAGAAGUGCUCAGCUUCAAGCCUCCCCGGCAGCUGGGGGCCAGGGUCUCCAAGGAGACGGCUCUGUGAAGACCUCUGGGCUCUGGUGGUGGCAGUGAGGACCACCUUCACCUUCCACCUGAGAGGGGACCCUUGCCACCUUGACCUUGGCUGGGGCUUGCAUCCCAAGGUAUCCGUCCGAGUGGACCCCAGGUUCCAUGGAUCUUCCUCCCCAAGCCCGUGCCUUUGCUGUUGGGCGCCCAUCCUGGAGAAGUGCCUGAACUUUCUGGACAGGACCUCUGCCUGACCUGGGAUGGCCUCUGAACCCUGGAGCAGUGGCCCCCUUGCCAGUUGCCCUCAGAAACCUUGGAGCUGGUGGGGCUUCAGGUCAGGCCCUGCUCUGGGCCAUGCAGAGGAAGGACAGAGGGUGGGCACAGGGCACCAACUCAGGGACAUCCCCUCUCCUGGGGGGCAUCAGUGGACCUUUCUGCACCCCCAGCCUGGAAUGUCAUUUAGCUGUGUGGCACCCACAUGGCUGGAAGGAAAUAGACCCUUUUGUAGCUCCCUGC